AUGAUCGUCUACCCCACGGCGUCCAGCGUCGACAAUAUCCUCGGCAAGGUCAAAGCAUCGAUAAUCCUCGAUGACCCCGACCGCGUCUACUACGGACCAAACGAUCCGAUUCGGGGCUGCGUGCGGCUUCGCUACUUCGCCCGCACCUAUGUCCCAUCGGGCUUUGAGCUCUCCGCGCCCUGCAAGAUCGACAUGAAUCUGUACGGUCAAGUCAAGGUCCAGAUCGCACCCGGCGGGGGCGGCAGCAAAACCGCGCCGCACAAUCGGUACUACUACUCCUCAAGCGAGGCCGGGCUGUGGUGUGGAGGACUCGAAUGCAUAUUCGACGACUGGCUGCCGCCGCUCGCAGAUAGCCACAGCCACCAGGCGCGGGUGGGUACUAUCAGCGCUGACGGUGCUGCGGCCCGAGACUUCCGGUUCGAGAUAUACUUCCCGGACGGCAUGACGAACAGCGAUUGCCUGAAGCGACGGUGGGGUGAUGGCGGCAAUGGCGACAGCGGUGGCAGCGAGGGCAAGUUCGACAUGGACCCGUCGCAGCCUCUGCCGCCCUCGAUGGAGUACAUCGACCCGGCCGCGCCCAGGUCCUCAGGAGAGAUCUCUGUGCGAUACACGCUGGCGGCGUACGUCAGCAUCUCGGACACUCCCGUGGCCACGCGCAGCGACCGUGUGCCGGUGUUCUUUGAUCGGGCGCGGACCCCGCGCACUCUCGGGCGGCGCAACAAGGAUGGCAAAGAAGAGAUGCAGAGCCAGUUCGGGACCCUAGUGGUCCGAGCCAAGAGCAUCGCGCCGCCUGGCCUGACCCUUGCAGGGACGAAGACGUCUGAAGGUGGUGAUGGCGGUGGCACCCUGAAACAACAUCACCGGCAGAGCUUCAGGGCCAAGACCUCUGCCAUCUUCCGCGGGGCUUCUCUGUCGGGCACGUCGUUAGGAAACGAGCACAUGCUGGGCUGGCAGCUCACCUGCUCGACCGACGUGCACCGUGGGCAGCCGUUCGCUGUUCAGGUGCAGCUCCAGCCGCCGCACCGGGGUGAUGAUCCUUCCGUGCUGUCGAGCUUGCCAUCUACGGUCGAACUAGUCAAGAUGACGGUCCGCGUGGAGGCGGUUAUCGAUGCACAAGGCGAGCAUGAGAAGCCCACGAACUUACGACCCCAGCCGCGCCCAGGCCAGCAGUACGACGGAAAGCAAGUCGUCACCGAAGAGACUGUCAGCUUGAGACCACAGUCGGACAGCAAGAAGAAAAAGAACAAGCCUGCUGGUGAUGUCGAUGAAGGGGCCGAUACCGAGCGCGGGCCGAGCUUUUUCCAUGCCGGCAACGGCUGGGCACAAGCCGUGACCUUUACAGACAUCUCCAAAAACCUCUGCAGCUCGUUCAGGACAUGUCACGUCCAGAUUGCGGGAUCGCGUCGGGCGGAUGUCUUUGAGCACGCCUUCCCCGUCACGUUGCAUCCGCCCACAACCGUGCCGGACAAGACUGCAUUGCCGGUGCCGGAGAUGGCUGGCGAUGAGCCUGUGACCGAGCUUGGGGAUGCGGACGUACUCGAGCCUCGGGGGGAGCUUGACGCCGAGUCCACUCAGCUCACGCUUGUGGAGCUCGAAGACCGGUCAUUGCUUCAUGAUGAUGUGGCUGAGCUUGAGGCCCGGCCGUGGGAAGUGCCGAGGGCGGAGCUGCCUGCGGACCCAAGUUCAGGGCCUCAGCGGUAAAGCAAAGGGGAAAGGGGGUUCUCGUUAAAUGCGCUUCCCUCCUUGAAGAAAGGAUAUCAUCAAGGUCUUAGACUCGGAUUUAAUUUGCGGUUGCGGAAGGGGCUCGAUCACACAAACCUAGAGGUGUCAGAGCCCUUGAGUGCUUUUGUGCCUUUUAAAGUCCUCACGUGUGGUACAUAUUCGGGAGGAUCAUACACGUACCGUGUUUUCAGUAGAUAAG